UCGGCGACCGUGGACGUCCCGCGCGUGGCACAGCUGCGGGUCGCAGGAACGCAGAGGCGCAGGGGGCGGCGCCCUAUGCAGAUGAGGAGGGUGUGGCGAGCGCCUUGCGCCGGGGCCCCGGAAGCGCGGAGAAGACCGGUAUAAAAAAAGUACUGAAGACGUUUCCCCCGCACAACUGCUAAAGCUCCAGAGACAGGAGCGCGUGCGGCGGCCGAGCGGGAGCCGCCACCUCCGGGACCACCGCAGCGGGGGCGGGGGUGAGGGGCGCGAGGGGCAGUGCGGGCGGCGAGGUCUGGGAAGACCAAACCCCUGCCGCUGCCGGCCGUGCAGUCGCCACUCCGGGGAGUUGUCGCUCCCUCACGGUUCCUCGCUCUCGCCGAGCUCCUGAAGGGGCGGCUGCCUCCAGGUGACACAGACGGGACUCCCGCUUGCGCUUUCCAGAUGCAUCAGAGAUACUUUUGGACCGACCAGGGCCAAGUGGCUCUCGGCGGGCACUACAUGGCUGAGGGCAAAGGGUACUUUGCCAUGGCAGAGGACGAGCUGGCUGGAGGCACCUACAUCCCCCUGGGCGGCGAGUUGGGCGGCGGAGACGAUGGCAGUUUCGGUGGGCAGUGUUUGGACUACUGCGAGAGCCCCACGGCGCACUGCAACGUGCUGACCUGGGAGCAAGUGCAGCGGCUGGACAGCAUACUGAGCGAGACCAUCCCGAUCCACGGGCGCGGCAACUUCCCCACGCUCGAGCUGCAGCCGAGCCUGAUCGUGAAGGUGGUGCGGCGGCGCCUGGCGGAGAAGCGCAUCGGCGUCCGCGACGUGCGCCUCAACGGCUCGGCCGCCAGCCACGUCCUGCACCAGGACAGCGGCCUGGGCUACAAGGACCUGGACCUCAUCUUCUGCGCCGACCUGCGCGGGGAAGAGGAGUUUCAGACUGUGAAGGACGUCGUGCUGGACUGCCUGUUGGACUUCUUGCCCGAAGGGGUGAACAAAGAGAAAAUCACGCCGCUCACGCUCAAGGAAGCGUAUGUGCAGAAAAUGGUUAAAGUGUGCAAUGACUCUGACCGAUGGAGUCUUAUAUCGCUGUCAAACAACAGUGGCAAAAAUGUCGAACUGAAAUUCGUGGAUUCCCUGCGGAGGCAGUUUGAAUUCAGUGUAGAUUCUUUUCAAAUCAAGUUAGACUCUCUUCUCCUCUUUUACGAAUGUUCCGAGAAUCCGAUGACUGAAACGUUCCACCCCACAAUAAUUGGUGAGAGCGUCUACGGUGAUUUUCACGAAGCCUUUGACCACCUUUGUAACAAGAUCAUUGCCACCAGGAACCCGGAGGAAAUCAGAGGGGGAGGCUUGCUUAAGUACUGCAACCUUUUAGUGAGGGGCUUCAGGCCCGCCUCUGAUGAGAUCAAGACCCUUCAGAGGUACAUGUGUUCCAGGUUUUUCAUCGAUUUCUCAGACAUUGGAGAGCAGCAGAGGAAACUGGAGUCCUAUCUGCAGAACCACUUUGUGGGCUUGGAAGACCGCAAGUAUGACUAUCUCAUGACCCUUCAUGGAGUGGUGAAUGAGAGUACAGUGUGCCUGAUGGGACAUGAAAGAAGACAGACUUUAAACCUUAUCACCAUGCUGGCUAUCCGGGUGCUAGCUGAUCAAAAUGUCAUCCCUAACGUAGCUAAUGUCACUUGCUAUUACCAGCCAGCUCCCUAUGUUGCAGAUGCCAACUUUAGCAAUUACUACAUUGCGCAGGUUCAGCCAGUAUUCACAUGCCAGCAACAGACGUACUCUACUUGGCUACCCUGCAAUUAAGAAUCAUUUUAAAAUAGCCUGUGGGGAAGCCGUUUCAGACAGGAAUUGGAGGGAGGGGAAGGGAAAAAGUGGGACCCAGCCCGAUUAGGAAUGUGUUUUGUGCAAUGAUGAUAUGCUCUAAGGUUUCACUUUGGAGAAGCUUAUGGAUGUUUGCAUAGGUAUGGGAGUUUGAGCUUGAAAGAUCGCCCUCCCUGCCCUCCCUUUAUCUUCCUACCCAACUGGAUUCUGUCUGAAACAAAAGAGACCUGCCAUUAAAAGCAACCAGGUUCUCCUAAGAUGACAAGAAGAAAAAUCACUUGAUGACAACAUGGGUUUGCAGUCAGCUGCUCCCAUAGCUUUGCUGUAAGAGGGGAGAAAAGUGGAAAAGUUUAUUUUAAGGUGGACAUCACAAAAGGGAAAAUACAGAGGAGAAAAAUAUCUCACCUCCACUUGUUUAUGAGUUCCAAAGUUCAGAUAGUAACGGUACAGGAAGGAGGGAAACUCCAACAUUGACAUGACUGUUUGUAGCAGUUGUUUCUGUGGUGUGAAGAGAGAAGGCUUGCUGCAAAUGAGCAGUGAUAGGUUGGUGCAGUUCUCAUAACAAACAGAAUUUAAGAUGACACAAUCCAUUAAUUUCAGCUGUGUGCAUAGCUCGCAUUUUUAAAGUGUGAAAAUGCAAGCAAAAACAGCUGUAGCAAAGAAAGUAUGCUCAAGGACCAAAGAUUUAUCAGAUUAAAAAAAAAAACAGUAGAAGAAAUAUAGCAGAAUAUAUGAAGAAUACUAUAUUUGUUACAGACCAAUACACAUCAAAGUGCCUGUUGCCUUCUGAAAAUUUUAAGUGGAAAAUUGUUUAAUGGUUUAAUGUUUAUUUUAUUUUAUCAGGGACUCAAGAGAAAAUAAAACAACAUAUAAGCUUGUGAAUGAUGGAGAAAAUGCCCUAUUUUUUUGGCAAAUACUUGUAUAAAGUUAACAUUGUUGAUAUGAUAUUGUAGGUAUCUGUGUGUAUAUUAUGUGUAUAUAUA